AUGUCAAGCCCCGCCCUCCCCGAACGCCUGCGCUUCGCGGUGUGCCUCUUCCCCGCAGUCACUACACUCGACUACCAGGGCCCGAUCGAGCUCUUCGGCUUCAUCUCGAGCAAGCGACUGGACAAUCCCAUCAGUGCGCCUCUGUCCACAGAACCACCGAAGUACGCCUUCGACAUUGAGUACUUGGGGCACACCCGCGAUCCGGUGGAACCCAUCUCCGGUCCUUCUGUUCUCCCCCAGAGGACGUACGACGAAGUCCUUGCAAGCAAAGAGCAGUUUGAUAUUUUGCUAGUUCCUGGCGGCGCUCGACCUGAGGGAGUCCCGCGCUCUCUUACGGAGUUCAUCAGGGCACAAGCUCCUGGUGCACGAUAUAUCCUUAGUGUUUGCACUGGUUCAUGGGUUCUAGCCGGCGCGGGCAUUCUGGACGGUAGGAAAGCGACGACUAACAAAAGGGCAUUCAACUCUGCCAAGGUGCCGACCAAGGAUUUACCAAUCGUUUGGGUGCCAAAGGCACGAUGGGUUGUCGAUGGGAAUGUCUGGACAAGCUCCGGAGUGACCGCUGGCGCCGACAUGGCAAAUGCGUUUCUUCAGCACCUCAUCGGGGACGAAUACGCAGAGAAGAUCCGCGGUGUGGUGGAGCUGAGUGCGAAGACUGCCGACGACGAUCCAUGGGCAGCAUAUUACGAUCUUGUGUGA